GCCGCUGCCAGUGCGGGAAUUUCGGACGGGGCGGGAGGAGUGGCGGCCGGGCCUGGGCGCGGAGCAGGGAAAAUGCCAUAUAAUAAGAAGACUACUGGAAAAAGAACCCCUGCAAAACGGAAGCUUGCUGAAGUGUUUGCUCUGGGAGAGGUUCUGGCAGACACAUCAAGAAAAGAAUGGAAAUUAGGUGUCCCUAUAGGGCAAGGAGGCUUUGGACGCCUAUACCUUGCUGAUGUUAAUUCCUCAAAGUCCGUCGGCAGUGAUGCACCUUAUGUUGCAAAAGUGGAACCCAGCCAGAAUGGACCUCUUUUUACUGAGUUAAAGUUCUACAUGCGAGCUGCUAAGCCAGAUGAAAUUCAGAAGUGGACUAAGUCCCAUAAACUGAAAUAUUUAGGUGUACCAAGAUAUUGGGGUUCUGGCUUGCAUGAAAAAAAUGGAAACAGUUAUCGAUUUAUGAUAAUGGACCGAUUUGGCAGUGAUCUUCAGAAGAUGUAUGAAGAGAAUGGAAAGCGAUUUUCCCAUAAAACUGUACUACAAUUAGGCCUGAGAAUACUUGAUAUCCUGGAAUACAUCCAUGAGCAUGAAUAUGUGCACGGAGACAUUAAGGCCUCAAACCUUCUUCUGAGUUACAAGAACCCUCAUCAGGUGUACUUGGUGGAUUAUGGACUUGCCUACAGAUACUGUCCUGAAGGAGUUCACAAAGAAUAUAAAGAAGAUCCUAAAAGGUGUCACGAUGGAACUAUUGAAUAUACCAGUAUUGAUGCCCACAAGGGUGUGGCACCAUCGAGACGUGGUGAUCUGGAAAUCUUGGGUUACUGUAUGAUUCAUUGGCUUAGUGGCCACCUACCAUGGGAUGAUAACUUGAAAGAUCCAAAUUUUGUCAGAGACUCAAAAAUCAGAUGUAGAGAUAAUAUUUCUGUAUUGAUGGACAAAUGUUUUCCUGGGAAAAAUAAACCAGAUGAAGUAGCCAAAUAUAUGGAAAAGGUGAAACUACUGAGCUAUGAAGAAAAGCCUGUUUAUCAGCAUUUCCGAGAAAUACUUCUGCAAGGUCUUAAGGCCAUUGGGCAAAAAGAUGAUGGAGUACUUGACUGUGGCUUGUCAGAGAAUGGAGACUUGCAAAGGAAUCCUGUGCAAAAGAAGAAAAGAAAGGCAGCAGCUGCAUCCAAUGAGAUCACUGAAGCAGAAACAGAAGAUACAGGAAGUCCAAAAAAAAAGAAAACUACUUCUGACACAGUAGCCACCAGAACCCGGAAGAUCACAUCACCAAAAGCCAAGAAAGGUGCAGCAACCAGAAGGAGAGUGAGAGUUCAGAAGUAAAUAAUAGAUGGAACAACAAAUUAAGUUGUUCUUUGGCUCAUCUCUGUGGAUUUUUAAGUUACUGUAGCACUGGAAUUCUUACCUUUUACCUGAUGAAUCCUGUAAAAAUAUGGACAGUUUUUGAAGAAUAAAUGUUUUCUUAAAAUAUUUGCAUCAUUUAUGUAUACUUUAAUCCUAAUUGGAAAUUUUGCCAACUUUGAAGUAAGGAUGCAUUUUUAUUCUUUAUAUACACAAGUUCAUGUCUUAAAUGCAGACUAAAACAAAGUGUUCUUUCUGCUUUAUCAUCUGGAAAUAAAGCUUUAUUUAGUUUUGUUGUAGGUACUUUGUAAGGAACAGGAAUGUUGCACCUGAUUUCUUCUGAGUAAAGUCUUAUUGGAGGUACACUGAGAUGACGUCUGAAAUAACAGACAUGUUUUAAAUAUUUCUCAAGUGUUUCAAUUUAAAAAAAGGAGAAUUUAAGACAAAAAUCACAUCCUGCCAUUCUAGUUUGCUUUAAAUGUGUUUCAACAAUUAUUUGGAGUACAGGUAGUGACUUUUAGGUUUUGUUUUUUUUUUUUUGCAUAGUGUUUGUGUUUGUAUCACAUUCCCAAUUACUCAGAGUUUGUCUGCAAAGGAAGAGACCAGAAUUUCAGGCACAGGGCCCAGGGCAAAGAAAAGAACCAACCAUUUCAUGGCCAUUUUCAACCUCCCCCCUCAUUUUUUUGUUUUGGCUUUGUUUUGUGGUUGGUGGUUUUUUUUAAUAUUUUAUUAUUAAUGAAUAGGCUAGAAAAGUUAUAUUAUUAAUAACUUUGUAAAGUAUCUAGUUCCCACAAAAGCCUGACUCACAUGUGGUUCUCCUAACAAAAUAAUGGUUUACCUGUUUUUAAUAGUUGAGAAGCAUGUAACCUUUUUGAAGUGCUUCCUUGCUUGGCUUCAAGUCUUCAGAUUUAAGUAAAAAAAUGCAGUGUUUAAUUUCAGUGUGAAAUACCACUACUUUUCAUUUAGAUAUUGCAAAAAUACAUGUUUUUAGGGCAUGAACAUAAUUAUUAUCAGGGAGACAGCUUUAUGAAGUUUGGCAAACCAAGAGGGAUCCAUUUGAGCCAAUGGGUGGUGCAUUUGUGUGGAUGUCCAGUGCUCUGCUUGCUUGUGUUAUGUUUGAGUAGCUACUCACUGAAAUAAAUAUGUUGUAGCAUAAAUGUUGAAUGAAUGAUGAGACUGUUUUGAAAAACAGGGGAAUCUAUUGUUUUGAAAUAAAAC